AUGGGAGAACAAUCAGAACUGAGAAUCUACGAGGAUUACUCAAUUCAACUACCUGUAGCUGAAACCUUUGCCACGACAUCAAAGGUGCUCAGGUUCCGGCUCUCUUGUGCUCCAGGAAAAGGAUGCUGGACCAUUUAUCCUAGUAGUGCAACUGAGAAGCACUUGAAAACAAAAGAGAAAGAGGAGCACGUGUUGGUCCCUUUUUGUGACCACAAGCCACUUCAGUUUGGCAUAUGUCAUCAUCAGGAUGGGGCAGACUCUCUACAGAAGUAUUACUCCAAUCACAUGAAAUUUCUUACUGUGUUCCCUGAUGGUUCUGCUCAGGUCUUUUAUCCGUCAGGCCUCUUGGCUCUCGUUGUCGUGGUCACUGAAGAAAAUGGAAGGGUGUGCAUCGUGUAUGAUGACAGUGAUGCCCCCCGUCAACCAGUUAGAGCCAUAUUCCAGUCUGAUGGCAGGGCGACGUGUUAUCACAGCAAUGGAAACAUAUGGCUGACCUUAAACAGAUCAGGUGGUCAGUGUUUGGAUGAGGAGGGUGCCAGGGUUCGUCGGUGGAGCUGGGGCAGUCUGAGCCUUACUCCCACUCCACUGCACCCCAUUUUCUUGUCCCUCAACAAAACCAUUGGGGUUCGAGUCCUAGGGAGGGAGAAAGUGUUUGUGUCCUUCCUGGCAAGAGGCCAACAGGCAAAGUUCAGUGUGGGUACAUGCUGCGCUCAGGCGGAAUGUAAAACAGACGAGGCUGCUUCAGGACCAUCAGUAUUGAAGGAGGAGUUGUUUGUGUUGGCAGCUAGGAUUAGGAUCCACCUGGCCAUUCAGCACCUUCACCGAUAUCUGACAACGCCCUCCCAUCCUCACCUACCGAAGACCACACAAGCCUCCCGCCUCCAUGUUGUUGCCCAGAGGAUUCUGGAAGUCAGUGCUGAUUUAACGAUGAGUGAGAGUGAAAGAGCCUUUAUCUCUAGGUGCCUUCAGGAUUGUCUGUGCUAG